AUGGGAAGAUCACCUUACUGCGAGAAGAACGGGCUCAAGAAAGGGCCGUGGACGUCCGAGGAAGACCAGAAGCUCCUUGACUAUAUCCACAAACAUGGAUAUGGUAACUGGAGAAUCCUCCCCAAAAAUGCUGGUUUGCAGAGAUGUGGCAAGAGUUGUCGACUAAGGUGGACUAACUAUCUCCGACCAAAUAUAAAGCGAGGAAGAUUCUCCUUUGAAGAAGAAGAAACCAUUAUUCAGCUUCAUAGCUUUUUAGGAAACAAAUGGUCUGCUAUUGCAGCGCGUUUGCCUGGAAGAACAGAUAACGAGAUCAAGAAUUUUUGGAACACAAAUUUAAGAAAGAAGCUACUUAGAACGGGAAUCGAUCCAGUGACCCACAGUCCGCGACUCGAUCUCCUUGACAUCUCAUCCAUCUUAGCAUCAUCUCUAUACAAUUCUUCUUCACAUCAUGUGAACAUGUCAAGACUCAUGAUGGAUGCUCACCGUCAGCAUCAACAACAACAACCAUUGGUUAACCCUGAAAUACUCAAGCUCGCUACCUCUCUCUUCUCUCAAAACCAAAACCAAAACUUAGUGGUCGAUCAUGACUCCAAAACCCAUGAGAACCACACGGCUUAUCAUCAUGAUGUUAAUCAAACCGGACGAAACCAAUACCAAACAGACCAUCAAGAUUUCCAGUCUUGCUUGCCAUCAUUCCCCAACGAAGCUCACUUUAACGAUAUGGAUAAUCACGGAGAAUAUAAUUUUGCUUCAACCUCGAAUACGUCAGUCCAAGAUUGCAAUAUUCAGUCGUUCAACAACUACGCAAGCUCUAGCUUUGUAUUAGACCAUUCGUAUUUAGAUCAGAGCUUCCACUUCGCUGAUUCGGUAUUGAACACGCUGUCUAGCCCAACUACGUUAAACUCCAGUUCCGCGACUUACAUCAACAGUAGCAGUUGCAGCACUGAUAAUGAAAUCGAAAGCUAUUGCAGUAAUCUCAUGAAGUUUGAUAUUUCUGAUUUCUUGGACGUCAAUAGUUUUAUUAUAUAA